GCUCCAGCACAGCUCCCAUCAGCGCAGUGUGUGACAUCAAGUCUGAGGCUGGAGCGCGCGAAACGGGGAAUGUGCUGAGGCGCGAGGCGGUGUUGUGGAUGGUUUUGUGAAGCGCGCGGUGUUUUUUCCUGAGAAAUGCCUGAUCUGCAGCUGCGAUACGGAUAGACCCUAGCAGACAGCUGCUCUCCUCCUGCAAUGAUGACUCUAAUCCCCUCCUGGUUCACGCUGUUUGUUUUCAUCCUUUUCAACAGGAUCUUUGAGAACUCGCUACUGAGCGCUGAGGUGAAGGAAGGAGAGAUUCUGCCUCCCACCAUCCAGAAGCUGAUGAAAGGAUACAACAAGUACCUCAGGCCUUUCUUUGACAAUGGGCCGGUCACUGUGGGGAUGAGUUUGGAUAUUGCCAGCAUUGACACUAUAUCAGAGAUCAACAUGGACUACACAGCCACCAUAUUUCUCCGGCAGCGCUGGACAGACGAGAGGCUCGUGUUUGAAGGCAAUAAGAGCUUGAGUCUGGAUGGGCGUCUGGUGGAGCUGUUGUGGGUUCCAGAUACCUUCAUUGUGGACUCUAAGAAGUCCUUCCUUCAUGACAUCACUGUGGAGAACCGACUGAUUAGAAUCUUCCCCAAUGGAACUGUGCUUUACGCUUUACGGAUCACCACAACAGUGGCCUGCAACAUGGAUUUGACUAAAUACCCCAUGGAUAAGCAGACAUGCACCCUACAACUGGAAAGCUGGGGAUAUAACGUCAAUGAUGUGAUGUUUUACUGGACCAGAGGAAAUGAAUCUGUCAGUGGGUUGGAUACUCUGCGUCUGGCUCAGUACACUGUAGAGGAUCAUUACACUUCGGUUUCAGAGGCAGUGUAUGAGACAGGUAACUACCCGAAACUCGUCUUCCACUUCGAGCUGAAGAGAAGCAUCCUGUACUUCAUCCUGGAAACCUAUGUGCCCUCCAGUCUGCUUGUGGUCCUGUCUUGGGUGUCCUUCUGGAUCAGCCAGUCAUCAGUGCCAGCUCGCAUAUGUAUAGGAGUGACCACAGUCUUAACAAUGACCACGCUGAUGAUGGGAGCAAGGACAUCUCUACCCAAUGCCAACUGCUUCAUCAAGGCCAUCGAUGUGUAUCUGGGAAUUUGUUUCAGUUUCAUCUUCGGGGCAUUGAUAGAGUACGCUGUGGCUCACUUCUGCACACUCCACCACCCAGACUGCAACAAUGCACUUAUGUAUGGUGGACACCACAUGGACUGCGAAGAUGAUAUGAAUGGGAUUGUAACGACAAUUGCCAGCAAUUCCAGCCGAUCUAAGCGGCGCAAGGAUACUCCAACCCCGGCUCCUGCCACGACCCCUACUGGAGAGCCCCCUACUGGAGCCGUACCCUGCAGCCCUCCCACCCCGGAGGAUAAGCCUGCAGAGACCCUGACGGAGCCCCUGAACCGCUGUAUCAAAACUCUGUCCCUCAUAAGACGAAUACUGCGCUCUGUGAACUGCUGUCAUAUAAAGAAUCCACAUUAUAUAGACAAUUAUUCUCGCGUUACGUUUCCACUCUCCUUCGUCUUAGUGAACCUGCUCUACUGGACUUACUACUUGUACUUCUAAAACACACCAGAGACAGAACAUUUUAAGGAGGGCUUGCUCUUGGUUAAGGGUAAAGGGUGGAUUUUUUGGGUGAUUUUAUGUUGAGCAUGAAGCAAUUUUAAUAUCUCUGUUUCAUAUGUGUUGAGAUGUUCUUCUGUUCUCCUGAGCAGAGUACAGGGUUAGAUAACAGGAUUGAAGGGGCUACUUAUCUGUGUAAGCUGGAUAUACAGUAAGGAGAAAGUAUGCAUGAAGGAUUGGGUGACUAAAUGAGUGUGUGAGUUUAUUCCUCUCUGCUAGGGAUGCACCGAAUUGAAUUGUUUAUUUAUUUUGUCUGAAUCCGAGCAAAAUAAAACAAUUGGCCAUUUUUCACAGGUUUUCAUUAAUGCUGAUACUUUCUUUUUUAAUAUUUAAAAUAUUUCAAACAGUGUUCAAAUAUUUGUUGAACACUGGGCAUUUCAAGAAAUAGAUAUGCCGACAAAGCACAAUACAGUUACCUCAGUAGUGGUAUUCUGCUUAUACAUUUACCUCAGCAGUGCUAUUCUUCUUAUGAAUUUACCUCAGUAGUGCUAUUUUUGUCAUUGGAAAGGAAAAUGUACAUUGAGAAAGAAAGCCAGUCUUUAGAUAGAUAGUUUACCUAUCUAACCUAUAUAGAUACAGUCUGCCUGCUCUGGACUCUGAAUUACAACACAACAAAGACUCCACUUUCCAGCAUGUACUCACACCGGAAAUUCUUGAAUCUGCUGAUCAUGUGAAGCUAUGGCGGUUGCCAAAUAUUUGGUGCAUCCCUAGUUUCUGCAUAUUUAUGUGCCUGAGUGUGUAUGUGUAUGUAUGUUCAGGUCCUUACCAUUAGCUGAUCAUUCAGUUUUUGCUGGAUUAUGGUCAUAUUUCUUAUUUUUUCCCAGAUUCUUCUAAAAAAAUUCAUCAUCUUAAUAUGAUGCAAUCCCAUGUAAAUAGAAGUGGCCUGCAAGUCAAGCCCAUUCAUACCAAGGCUGAAAUUCACUACAUCAUCAUCAUCUCAGUUGAUCUUUCUUCAUUCCUAAUUAUUUGUUUCACUGCAGGCUUCAGCCUUCCAUAUUUGAUAGAUCUGUUAUGUAGCACAGCCACGUAAAAUGUAGCUGCGCUCUUGUUCAAGCAUUGUGCCGUUCCCCCCUGUGCUUCUGCCACCCCUGGGCUUUGCUCUCUGAGUUAUUGUGCUGGUUAAAUUGCUGGGCAGUGCUGCUGGGGGCAAGCUGAAGCUAUUGCUCUUUCUUUAUUGCCUCAGUAAAUCCUCUGGCCCUGGCUCCUUCUCCUCACACAUUAUGGGGAUCGACUCUCAUCGCAGGCCCGUGUAAACGAUUUUAUAUGAUUUGGCAUUAAAUUAUUCAUUUUGCAGUCUCUUUUACAGGCAGGCAAAAUGCCAAGGCCACGUCUAGUUGCAGAGAAACAGGGCACUGAUGUGCAAAAUGGACCUGUGGUGUGACGGCCCACUGUACCGUCUCCACUGUGCCUUUUAUUUGUUAACUGUUGCCUGGAUAGGUAAUGACAUUCACAGUCUUCUAGAUGCAAUUCCAUAAUGCCAAAAAUUAUUCUGGCAAAUGUAUUAAAAAAAAGAACUGCCAAACUGGGGAGACCAGAGAUAACAUUAUUAUCUCUUUACAGAAGUACCUGUCUUUUUAGAGAGUGAACAAAGAGACUGCAAGGUACUGAAUCUAUUUAAACAUAUUGAUUAGCAAUAGGAUUAAAUAGGGUAAUAAACAUGCACAUGUCAUUCAAUGCCACCCCUGUGUUUUUUGGGACAUAGAAUUUAAAGUGCUUGUUUUUGACGCAUGUUACGUUUUUACUUUAACUAUACAGGACAGAUCAUAUUAUCUGGUGAUAUUUCUUUACUGCUGAUUCCAUUCUGAUGAUAUUACUAAUGCCCUGUGUUUUUUUCUUGUAAAUACUAUUCAGAAGGUCAGUUGCUCUAUGAUUUACUUUUCUUAAGGUGCAUUCCAUGCUGAAUUUAAAGUAUAAUACAUUCAUUUUACUUACCGUAUUACCAAACACACUGGAAGCAAAUUGCAGUAGUUCAGAUAGAAUUUACUGCUUACUGCUUACUCACACAUUUACUGUUCUGAUUUGGCUUUAGAACAAGCUGUUGUUUGUCUUUUACUGUGGUGUUUUUCAGUUAAGCCUUUGACAUUAAUGGUAUUUCAUUUCUAUUUUUAAAUCCCAAAUGAUUCAGUUAUGCCAAAGGCAUAGUGAUAUAGUUACUAUAGUGAUAUAGUUACAUAUGCAUUUAAAGUAUAUAGUACAAUGUUUCACAUUUUCAGUGUUUCUACAUAAUAGCUUUCUACUAGUCAGUUCAGAAUAUUUUGGUUAAUAUCAUGACAACUGUUAGGAGUUAUGAUUUGAUAUUUAUGUGUUUAUUUAUUUAUUUAUUUAUUUAUCUAUUCCUUUGUAGAAUCUGUUGUCACUUCUUUAUCUAUAAGUCAUAAAACCAAUUGUCUCUAUUUAUAACUGGUUAUUUCUGUUUAUUUUGUGGAAGGAUGAGGGUGAUUUGGUAAAAUUGUGAUGUUUCUGAUUUUUCUGCAUGUAAUGUGCCUUUGUGUAACAGAUUUCUGGUCAUGUGACCUGUAUGGGUAAUUUAUUUUAAAAUGUGAUAUCUAUUUUUUCCCACAAGAAUUUUCUAAAGUUCUGAAAUUUUUAAAGAAUCUUCAGUUUCAUUGAGGAAAAGCUGGAAUCGUGCCAGGUCUUUCCCAAAUUUUGGCAGUACUAUACAUUUCUUUAAGGUCUUUAAUCAAUCAAAAAGUACUUGGCAUCAGAAUAAGUACACUCUUUUACACUGUAUAGUUCUUUUUUUUUUAAGUAUACACAUUCAUUUCUUGUGGAACAUGAAAGUUAAACAACCACUACAAUAUUAAUGCUAUCUGAUGGAAUUCUUGCUGGAGUUUUUGUUAUCGACAGUGCAAUGCUGAUAAGUGCCAAAUGAUUGCCAAAGACUGUGUGAAAGAGAAUGAGUCAAAUAACAAAACGAAUCCCACCAUUCAACAAAAGUCUCAGUCAUAAUUACAUCAUCACCCUGAGAUAUUACUUUUAUUCCUUAUUUUUCUUGGUUGUUUUUUCAGGAAUGCUGCAGUAUAUAAUUGAACAUUGUUAGACUGAUGAAAGGUUUUGAUUUUGAUUUUGUUUGUCCUGAACAUUCCUCCCAUCUCUCAUAGCAUCUGCAGUUCAGCGUUUGGGUGGACCUGACAAUUAAAUGCAGUAUGUACAGCUUUUACACCCUUGUGGAAACCAACCGUUCAGUAUUACAUGGACAGUGACUCUGCACUGCAGCAGAGUCCUGACUUGACUUUGAAAUGUUUCAUUUUUUUCAGCAUGAUGUGCCAGUGGGACUUAAGGUGUGAAUGGUAGGCUGCGUGUUGGCAUCUAAAGAUGUCACUGACUUCCUAUUGUUUAUACAUGUGUAUACUGUAACAUUGAAACAUAUACAACGUUGGAUAGCUGGAAAAAGAUGUAAAUAGAUUAUUACACUCUGCAUGUUUUCUUGAUGUCUCCUAAAAAUGGUUCUAGUACUUAUAAUAAACAAAGAAGUAUAGUGUC